GUGAUGUGCGCGGUCUGCUCAACACUAAAGCCAAGGCUUUAUUUUUAAACUGCAAUGCAGUAGAAGAGUCGACAGCAAGCUGGAUUGUUGUCUUUUUUUUAUACUGACACAGUAAAAUCAAUAGUAAUCGGUGGCCUGUAGCGGCGCUAAGCCGCACACACCGAGUGGGCGUACUGAGGUCGCCCACAGCGGCUGCAGAGCGAUGCUCGACUCGCUGGAUGGUCGUGUUCUCCGUUCUCUCUCUCAUUUUUUUAGUUGCAAAAAGCUGUAGGCUGUUGAAGAAGGUUUUUUUAAAAAAAAAAACUUAACCCAGUUGCGUAUCGUUAGCUCAGCUUUCAGUUGCCGAGUUUCUGAUUCCAGGGCUACAAAACACAUUGACGAAAAAACUAAUAGGGUCAAUGUGUGUUUGUUUUUAUUUAUUUAACACAGUUUAUUGAUAUGAUGGUGUUCCAGGGGAGCGUUUAAGACGUACGUAUUUAAAAUUCCAAAGGUUAAAAAAGGGCGUGUGAAAAGCACAAGUGUUCCGCGCUUCAGCUUUAUUAUUUUAUGGAUCUUGUUCAGUGAGAAAUUGUAUGAACUGGCCAGCCUCCAACAUAAACAUGAGAACAGUUCAAGUAUAAAAGAGGAACGCCUGAAAACAUUCUCGUCUCUUGAGCACUAAAACACCAUUGCAGUUUGAUACUGUUUUUGAAGAUGUCUUUCAAAGGCAAUAGAAGCCAAGUAUCACGGACGGUAUCUGGUAUCGUCUCCAUUUCGUCUGGAGAAUUGCAUACUUUGACAACCUGUAACUGCGAGAUCGCAGUGUUGCCUGUGGAGCUUCUAUUCGAGCUGCAGAGCCCAUAUUUCCAGAAGAACGACAACACCAUCACAGUUCAUAACCAUGAAGGGGGUUACAGUGUUUUCUGUGAUGGAAAAGUGGAGGCAGGGAGAGAAACGUAUACCAUCAGGAACUACAUCGAGAGGUCAAAUAAACUGAAGGGCCACGCGGAUUAUAAGGACUACAGAGAAACCUUGUUGACUAAACCUAUUGUACUCUUCACCAAAGCAAGGAAGACGAAUCAAGAGUCCCCAAGAGACAAAGCAUUUGCAGUCAUUGUAAACACACGUCACCCCAACAUACGAGCUGAGAUUGAGAAGGGUAUGAACAAUGCCAUAACAUCGGUUUGGGGAGAAAGUUACAGUCUUCAGUUUGACUUCCAAAGGGUCAUCAAGCAGUUCUUCUCAACUGUCAAUUAUGACACAGAUGGAGACGGCCUGACGAUCUCCUUCGAGUUCAAAGUUGAUGCUUUAUUUGACAUUUCAUAUUUGUUCGGGUUUAGCAAAAGGAAGUCUGAAGUAAAUGGAAAGGUUUUGAAUCUGUUUUCUGCCAAUGAAGAGAAGAGGAAAAAAGUGAAAAUGUUCCUGGACAAAAUCAGUGAGCCUUACAUCAGACGAAGCAGUGUGCCAGAUCGCAGGAUGAGCCUUUUCUCAAUGGGAUCAAUAGAUGAAGAGGUUUUCAAUUCUGUGCCUCCUAACAUGGGCCCGAGAAUGUCAUUGCUUGAAUCUAGUCACCCUCCCAUUGCAGAAGAAUUAACAAGUUAAAGCUGAGAACACACCUUCCUUGAUUUUUUAAACUGAAUCAACGGAAGAAGAAAGACUGUUUUGAUGGCAAAGAUGUUGCUAAUUUUGUAUAAAUGUCUGUAAUGACUGUUUCUGAGAAUGUCUGUUCAAAACACUGUAUUAGUAAAAUGUUGUGUUUUCCAGUAGCCACUGCAAAUAGUAUUUGUUUGGGUUAAACUUAAGAUGACUGCAAGUAUAAUAUUUAAUUUUUCUUAGUAAAACCAAAGGUGAAAUGUUAAAUAAGGUGAUGGCUGUAAACAAUCCUAUAAUUAUUUUAUCUCUUUGCUGAAAUAUAUAUUUUUAUUGCAAUAAAUGUAAAAUUUUCACAA